GAUGACAUGCAGCAGUCUGGUGUUGACGUGAGGAGCUGCUGUCAUCCUCCUGUUCGCUUCAUUCAAACUUCAUCCACAGUCAGUGAUCAGCAGCAUCAUCAGUCAGCUGAUCUCCUCUUUACUUUCGUUUUCGCCUCAGACUGAAACUGAACUUCAGCCCGUCUCGUCCUCGCCUCGUUUCCCUCGAUCUCUGCCGGAUUAAUGAUCAUCACCUUCAACCUGCUGCUGUGUCUGCUGAGAGAGAUGGCCAAAUCGUCCAACCAGCGCAACGACAGCAGCCAGAUGAAGGAUCUGCUUCAGCCGGAUCACCAGCCUGGAAAGAGUCAUAAGGAAAAACAUGGGCAUGAAAGAGAGCACGGCAGUAAAGAGAGCUCACAUCAGGCCUCCUCCUCCACCUGUGCACCUGAUACCUCCAAUACCGGGGCUCUGAGUGGAAGACAGGCUGAGGACACUUCAUCCUCGUCAUGCUGCACCUGUGCACACUCCAAAUUCGAGGCUCUGAGUCGAAGACAAGCAGAGGACGACCACUGUUCCUCCUCCGCCUCAGCACCCUCCGAUACCGGGGCUCGACGUCGUAAACAUGCAGAGGUGGACAAACCGCCGUGGACCCAGAAGGAGGACAGGAUUUCAUCAUGUUGUCCGCUGAGCGAUCUGAAGAAACUUCCACAGUGCCACAAGAAGCUGGGACAGCUGAAGAUCAGCGGGAUGCACACAAUCCUCGUGGACGUGAAUUUUUUCAACUGUGAAGGAAAACUCAUGGCCCAGGACGGGAGAGACGUGUGGCACCGAAACUUUGUGAAAAUGCCAAAUUCACAGUCGAGCUUCAUGAUCGUCAAGACUGGAUUUACAAAGCAACCCACCAAGACAAAGAGGUGGGACGUGAUCUUUAAGCAGCUGAACAGUCUGGCCAAGAAGACAACCGUGAGCGUCAAAGAUCUGGAGGAAGCUAUCAUCAAAUGUAACCCCAAGUAUAAAGAUCAAUGGACCUUUGAUGCCCUGUCCGAAUUUGUUAAGAGUGUCCCGAAAACAGAAAACUACUUCAGCGCGCUGUUUCCAAAGAUCGCUGAGUUGGCCUUGAAGCUGCCUGAUUGUGUGAAGAAGACCAUCCCGCUGCUUCAGAGCGGACAUCCCGCGAUCCUCACCCUGUCGCAGCUUCAGAUAGCCUGUCUGCUCGCUAACGCAUUCUUCUGCACCUUCCCCCAUCGCAACGCCACCGCUCCCAACGCAGAGUACCACAACUACCCCAGCAUUAACUUCACCAGUCUGUUUGGAAAGUGUUCACCACGGAAGAAAGAAAAGCUGAGGGCCAUCAUGCAUUACUUUAAAGUGGUUACAGACACUGAACCAGGAGGAAUGGUGACGUUUGAGAGGCGCUGCCUCGGAGCCGCAGAGAUACCCGACUGGAGAAGCUCUAAGGAGGCGAUGCCUAAACUUCACGUCACGUCACGUGGCACCAUCGAGCGCGAAGGAACCGGCAUGCUGCAGGUGGAUUUUGCCUCCAGCUGGAUAGGUGGAGGUGUUCUGGGUUCUGGUCUGGUCCAAGAAGAGAUCCUGUUCCUCUUGAAUCCAGAGCUGAUUGUAUCCCGACUCUUCACUGAGAAACUCGGAGACAACGAGUGUCUGAUCAUUACAGGCUCUCAGCAGUUCAGCAGUUACUCCGGUUUUGGUGACAGCUUCGAGUGGACGGGGCCUCACGUGGAUAACCUCAAAAGAGACGACUGGGCUCGGCUGGAGAGGCAGAUCUUAGCCAUCGACGCGCUGCACUUCAGGCACAGCAGGGAGCAGUACGACAUGAUCAAGGUGACGCGGGAACUCAACAAGGCGUACUGUGGAUUUAAGGCUCACGGCAGCGAUGAGCCCGACAUCGCCACGGGCAAGUGGGGCUGUGGAGCUUUCAACGGAGACCCUCAACUCAAAGCCGUGAUCCAGCUGAUGGCGGCGGCGAAGGCAAAGCGAGGACUCGCCUUCUUCACCUUCGACGACGAAAAACUGACUCGAGACCUGGAGCAGGUUUACAGCCUGCUGGUCAAAGAGGGGACGACCGUCAAGAAGCUGUACGGACUUCUGGAGGACUUCUGCGCUGUUCAGCAGAUGUCGGGUUCACACGUGGAACUGUUUGACUUCAUCAGGAACAACAUCGGACAGCCCAGGAGUCUGCUGUGAGGACGCACUCACUCCACGUCUGAGCUCAGUUUGCACUAAAAUCUGGUUUGUAGAACAGAAAUAAAGAUGUUGAUGAUUGCUUUUAGUUUUAUUUGGUUGUCAGGGUUAAAGAGAACGAAGAUCCACAGCUGGACUGUUGUUCACACGGCAUGCACCUUAACCAUGAGCGUAAAUUUAACUGUAGAGGUGAGGAGGCAUUUAACGGUUAAAUCAAAUAAAAGUGAUGUAAGUCAAAAUGUUUUUCAACUUAAGUUUCCCUUUAGAGAGUUUCUCAAAACUUCCUGAGGGUGAAGGUAGCUCAUGAAUCCUAACCCUAAAAAUAAGGCAGGUGUAUCAGUCUUAACUCAAAGACUCCAAAGUUUUUUGCUAUUCGGAAUCUUAUCACUUAAAGUUGCUCUUUAAGUCUAAAGUUUGAAAAGUUACUUUUAUUUUUUUAGGGCUGAAACAUCAUAAAGAGCGGCUCAUCAAUAACAGCAGACAUGACACGCUUGUUGGCUGAACUCCUCUCGGUACAUUUACUUCAAUUCUGGACUUAAGUACAAAGUUGAGGUACUUGUACUUGAGUAAUUUCUUCCCAUACCACUUUCUACUUGUAUUAAUAUGUUAUACUUUUUACUUCACUGCUGUUAUCUGACAGAUUCAGUUACUUAAUUGAGAUUUUUACGUAAAACUGUAAGUACAGCUGAAACAAUUAGUUGAUUCACUGAUUGAGAGAAAAUAAUUGUUUAUGUUUUCGACCCAAAAUGCAGAGACGUAGAUCAGCACGUUUAAGGAGAAUGAGUCUCAACUUAUAGAAAACACACGAGAGUAAUCCUGCUGAAUCACUAGAGGAAGUACAAAAGUUUAAGCCACGUUUAUCGACUGUAACAGAUGCAGGAUAAUGUGAUGCAGGAGUCUUGACCAGGCUUUUGUAGCAGGUGAGCCGAGUUACACAGCAAAACAAGGACAACCAAACACUUUUACAAACCAAACAAUCAAUGGAUUCAUGGAGAAAAUAAUCAUCAGCUUCCACCUGAACAACUCCAACAGUAAAAUCAUCCAAUGAGGUCAGAUAGAAGCGUCACAGAAAACAUUUUACUACGUUCAAUACAUUAUAAUGAUUGUACUUUAGGAGCUCGUUUUAGUUGAAAUACUUUCAAACCAGAAACUUUAAAGUCUGUGUAAAUAUGUUGUAAAAUAGUUUCUGAAAACAUGUGAGCAGACUUUGAACGACGUGUCACUGAAAUGUGGAGUCAGAGGUUCAAACUGUUUUUCAGUCUCAGGAUUUUUGUGGGCGGUCCUUAAAGGGCGGCUCGAUGACACGCUGAGGCCACCCUGAGCAUGCAAAUGCAUAUUUACAUGAUUUUAACACCUAAUUUCAUAAAGUUGUCGAUAUUUUUAAUCAUUCAAAUUUGUCUGGGUGGUUAUUAACACUUUCUUCUUUGGUCUGACAAACUCAGACUGACUCACAGUCUUUUAUCCUAAAGAUAUUUUGACAGCAGUGCUUUCUUUCACUGUCUUUUCUUUGUCUGAUGUACCUGAGAGACAGACCUCAGGGCAAACCUGCUCCUGCUCAUGAAGCUUCCUGCUGUGAAUAAACUGUAAUAAUCAAAGUCGA